GGCGGAGAGAGACUCAGUCUGCCCUUCGCCUCAGAGCGCAGCCAGUUUGGGUCCCCGCAGCAUUCAACCGAGUCGAAGAGGUACAGUCACCAAGACUACUUUUUUUCCCACUUACGUCCAUUUUCAAGACGGAAGCUUUUUUUUUUUUUUUUUUUGACUAAAAACAAAAAAAAAAGAGCAACGAAAACAGCAACUAUAGCUCGAAGUUAUUUUUGGAAAUCCUAAAAGACGAAGAGAAACUUUUUGAUUCGUUUUUUUUUUUUUUCUGGCAUUUUUGAAGAGUUUCUGCCAAAAGAAAAAAAAAAUACAAAAAAUACAAAUCCAAGGCAAAAAAAAAAAAAAAAAACAAUUUGGUGAAGAUUGAUGGAGAAACGCUGAGAUUGUUUUUGAACAUCGCGCCACAAGUCUGUAAAGGAAGGGGGUCAGCCGCAUGGGUCUUUGGCGUCUGUGAUUCCUCACCUCAAACCAGACCAGAGCACCUCCACACCUGCUCCAGUAGUAAUAAAUAAAUGUGAGUCGGUGUCGGACCGCCGUCUUUUUCCUGCCUGAGCGUUUUACUCGACAGCGAUUCGAGAUUCCUGCGAAGCUAUUGGACUUGAACUCCUAGCCGAGGAGGCGGAGUCUUAACUUAUUAAAAGGAACUUUCGGAGGUUCGGGCGCCAGCAAAUAUGAUGAUGAUGUCUCUGAACAGCAAGCAGGCUUUCACCAUGGCCCACACCAGCCUGCCGGAGCCCAAGUACUCCUCGCUGCACUCAUCCUCGUCCUCCACUCUGACUUCCAACGCACCGUCGUCCUCCUGCUCAUCCUCCCGCCACAGCAGCACCAUCAUCAGCAGCAGCGGCAGCAGCAGCAGCUCGGAGGUGAUGCGCAGAGCCUGUCUCCCAACCCCACCGAGCAAUAUAUUCGGAGGCUUGGAUGAGAGUUUGUUGGCCCGGGCUGAAGCUCUAGCGGCGGUGGAUAUAGUCUCGCAGACCAAGAGCCACCACCACCCUCCACAUCACAGUCCCUUCAAGCCGGACGCGACCUACCACACAAUGAACACGCUCCCCUGCACCUCCUCUUCCUCCUCUUCCUCGUCGGUGCCUAUUUCUCAUCCGUCCGCCUUGGCUAACCACCACCAUCACCACCACCACCACCACCACCACCAGCCUCACCAGGCGCUGGAGGGGGACCUGCUGGACCACAUCACCCCGGGACUCGCGCUGGGAGCCAUGGCAGGGCCGGACGGCUCGGUGGUUUCCACGCCUGCGCACCCUGCCCACAUGGCUGGCAUGAACCACAUGCACCAGGCGGCCAUCAACAUGGCCCAUGCCCACGGGCUACCGCCGCACAUGGGCAUGAGCGACGUGGACGCCGAUCCUAGGGACUUGGAAGCGUUCGCGGAGAGGUUCAAGCAAAGGAGGAUCAAACUCGGGGUCACCCAGGCGGAUGUGGGGUCAGCUUUAGCCAGCCUUAAGAUUCCCGGAGUGGGCUCCCUCAGCCAGAGCACCAUCUGCCGCUUCGAGUCCCUCACGCUCUCCCACAACAACAUGAUCGCUUUGAAGCCUAUCUUGCAAGCGUGGCUGGAGGAAGCCGAGAAAUCGCACAGGGAGAAACUUAACAAGCCCGAGUUGUUCAACGGCGCGGAGAAGAAGAGGAAGCGCACGUCGAUAGCCGCGCCGGAGAAGCGCUCGCUGGAGGCCUACUUCGCCAUCCAGCCGCGUCCCUCCUCGGAGAAAAUCGCGGCGAUCGCUGAAAAGCUGGACCUGAAAAAGAACGUGGUGCGGGUCUGGUUCUGCAACCAGCGGCAGAAACAGAAACGAAUGAAGUACUCCGCAUGCGUCUAAAAGAGGGAGAGAAAGAGAGCUAGGGAGAGGGGAACACCACCACAAAAGACUUGGAACUGAAUAAAGAUGAUUUGUAUCAUAUUUCCUAACUCACGACCCUCUUUUUCAAUCAUAAGACUUUGAACUUCGAAAAAAAAAAUCCUGAAAACAAACAAUGAGUGAAAAAAAGAGAAAAACUCACCACGACUCUGUCAGAGGAAGAUGUGGAGUCAAUAAGGCAUCGUUUGACGGAGCAAGUAAGAACCACUGUUUCCACUUACUAUGCCUCACCUUUCUAAUGCCAGCGCAGUCAGAGUUGCUUCGAUUUUUAUUUAUGAUUCCUUUUAAACGCUGAUUAUUAUUUCCCGACAAAAGCAGCAUUUUUGUGAUUUAUUUCUACUCAAAACGAGGUUGUUCUAAUUCAAAGCACUUGGUUGAUGUUCCUAUUUUAGGCUUCUGAGCUACAUUUUCUUCCCUUCGAGUUCAUGACAAUGCAGUCUGACAUUUAUUCAGGUCCGUGGGGGGAUUAAGCGGACAGUUGGUCCUGAAAGCUAAUAUUAGAUUACUGCCAAAUAACCUUCUGUAAAUGAACAUCUUAGUUGUCAAACACUUCAUUUUGUGUCUAAAUGUGUUAUUCUUUUCACCUUUUUCGUUGUUAGCUCUAAACCAGGGAUCUGUUUUUGAGAUUCCCGGCGUUUGGACUCAGAUAGGGUUGUUUUUGAGGCCUCAGUGUGCGGAAUGAUCAAAACACUUUGAAUAAUUUGUGCAGAUUAUUGUGAUUAAAUAUAUACAUAUUUUAUUUUUAAUUUGCCGUUUAUGUUUCGUUUACAAUCCAGCAUGGGCCGGCUGUCUUAUGAACUAUUUAUUGGGUGAGGUCAUGUUUACUUCAUUAUAUAUUUAUUGGGAAUCCCCCCCUCCCUCCUCGUUUAGCUUGAGAAAAAUCAAAUUCUGACAGCAGCUCGGCUUGUUGUUGUGGUUUAAAGGGAAGCGACUGUGGAGUUUUAAAAAAACAAAACUACAGUCUCGAAUUUGACGAUGUUUAACGUUUGAGAUGGCACAAUCGAGAGAUAUAUGAGAUUAAAUUAUCAUUUUAAAUUAUUAUUUUUAUGUACGUUUUUUUCCUGCUAUUUAUUUGUAUAAAUAUGCGCGCGUCAUGAUGAAAUCGUUGCUUGUUAAAAAAAAAAUCACCUUGUUUUACUGCUUUUUUUUCUUGAAGAGAAAAAGAAACUGCUUCAUGGAAGUAUACGUGUACAAUGUAAAUAUUUUCAUUGGAAUCAGUCGAUGCACAUAAAUAUAUUCGUACAGGUUUUUGCUGUAUUGCUGUUUAGCUGAGGUAACUUAUUUCUGUAAUGUUUGUUGCUUCUUUUGGUUUCCCUGGUUAAAUAUUUCUACUUAUUCAUUUCAUUCAUGUAAUUUUAAUUUAUUAAUUAUUGAACUGCAAUAUGUGUUUCAUUAAAGAACAAAUUUUAACAUUUAA